UGUCUUUAAAAGAAAUAUUUACAAAAGAAGAUACUUAUGAGUUCUUGUAAUGAUGAUUUGUUAGUCUGAUAUUUGUCAAACUUCAUAAUAAAAAUAGAGAAUGUCCUUUGUGUUGUUGUUUGUCUUUAAUUUAAGUCAUUGGACAUCUAUGUAUUUAAUUAUUAUUUUUCUUUUUUGUAGAUAAAUUUGACUAUAAAAUAUGAAAAAAAAUGUUGAAUAAAUGAAUUCGUCCGAUUGCGAUAAUUGUAGUAGUUAUUCAAAUAUUGAUGAGAAUUUUAUCCUUUUAGUACGUUUAAUAUUACUUGGUUAUAUUAGUUUUUUUAUUGGAAUAUGCGGUAUUUUUGGAAAUAUUAUUACAAUUAUUGUUUUAUGUUCAAAAACAAUGCGUACAACAUCGACAAAUAUUUAUUUGACCGCUUUAUCAACAUCAAAUAUAUUUUAUUUAUUAAUAUUUAUACCAAAACAGUCACUCAAAUAUAUUUUAGGUUAUAAAAUGUAUUUAAAUGAUGAACCAUUUCCAUAUGAAAAUAUUAUUGAUCAAAUACCUAUAACAGCAAUAUCAAAUACAAUAUUGUUAUCUUUAAUAUUUUUGACUGUUGCCGUAUCAAUUGAUCGUCUAAUAUUUAUCAAAUUUCCGUUAAAAGCAGCAAGCGUAUGUACAAGACGAAAUACAGUAAUCAUUAUCUUUUUUAUUUAUUUAUUUUCAAUUAUUUAUUGUAUACCCUAUUGGCUUGAACAAUAUUAUGAUAAAACAGACAAGAUCUGUAAAUAUACAAUACUCGGAACGAAAAUAUACACAUAUAUACACUUUUAUAUUUAUAUACCUGUUGUCAAUUUGAUUCCUUUUAUCACACUGUGCGCUAUAAACUGUAUUAUUAUAAAAUCGCUAAUUGAAAUGAAUCGUAAAAAAUUGAGUCUAGGAGCUAAAAAAGCAUCAGAAAAUCACAUAACUACAAUGUUAGUGACUGUUAUUAUUGUCUUUGUCUUAUGUCAAAUGCCAAUGUUAACUCUUAAUAUUUGGACAGCUAUUAAUCUUUCAGCAACUACGACAAAACGAUUUAAUAUUCUAAAUGCUUUUGCCUAUUUAUUAACGGUUGUUCAAUCAUCGACAAAUUUUUUACUCUUCUGUUAUUUUGGUCAAAAAUUCAGAAACACACUUAUCAGAUUAUUUGAUUCACGUGCACAUAAAAAAUUUCAACAACAAUCAACUUUUGAUAAAAGAACUCGAGUAACUGAAUUACACCCAGCAUCGCCGUUAGUCAAAAUGACUCCAAUACAACAGCAACCAUUACAAAUUGAACAACAACAUAUACGCAUUAUUGAAAAUUUUGAUGAAACAAAUCCUUUAUUAAUCGUAAAGCCAAAUCAAAAUCGUCUCAAUAGUAUAGAUAACGAUAAAGAUCUACAUAUUUGUUCGAAAGGAAAAAAAUUGUUUAUAUUAAGAAUUUGA